AUGACGACAACGUUUGACAAUCGCGCAGCGCUGGAGAAGGCGAUUGAAUCGUGUUCAAACUCUGUGCGUGCACUGCGAGAAAAGAUGCACGAUGAGGAAGAGGCUGUAGAAAUGGAAGAUGUGGCCAAAGAAGUGCAGCGGCUCAUGGGUUUGCGCAAAGAGCUUCAGCGCUGGAUACAGACUAAGUCGGAAGACCAAAAGACCAACCAACACGAGGAGGAGACACCGGAAACAGGAAAUGAUAGCGCAGAGCCGAUGGUUGUCGGCAGCAAACUGGAGCAGCGUGCUGUUAAGCUCGAAAGCCACGUCGCUAAAGCAAAUGAAAAGCUAUUGAUUCUGGAGACGAAAGUAGCGCAGAUUGAGCGAACAAAAAAUGCUUUGACGUAUCUAAAUCAGGUUAGGACAAGUGCAGAAGAGAAAGUGGAGACUUUGGUAGAUCAGACGACGGAAAUUGACGAUACGGAUCAAGUGGCCAACCUGACGAUACAGCUCGAGGCUGAGCGUAUGAAGGUGCUAGAGGUCACUCAGACAGCAAAGAAACUUCAAAAAUCUGUCGAUGCGCUGACGGAGGAGAAGAGAAAAAUCGUUGCGAAGCUCACGGCUGAGUCAAAGGCGGGUAUUACUAAGUCAGAGCAGGCCAGCGAUAUAAAACACUCUGAUGACGAGUUAGAAGAUGGGCUGCUCAAUGUACAGGACAAGCUGGACCAAACAAUUACCACAAUUGUGCAGGAGAAGACGGGAGUGGUAGCUAAUUUGACGGGUGAGCUGAAAAAGGAGCACUCUGAGCCUGAACAGGCAAACCAGUUAGACCAGAAAGUGUACUCUGAUCCAGAACUGUCUGUUAUGUCGCUCGUUAAAGAGAAGGUUGAGCUACAAAAUAGUCUCCAGGCUGCUGAAAAUAUCACAAACGCCGUUCGUGACGAGCUAAGUAGGCUGAAAAAGGAGCUUUCGGAGAUUAAAGACAAAAAGGAGACUAGGGAGACUCAUUUGGGCAAGCUGUGGAAGAACAUUGAAGAGCUUCAGCUUGAAAACAAGAUGCUCAAAGAGAAAAAUUUAUCGAUCAAAGCUAAAGUUCAAAAAGUGCGUGCGGAAGCAGAAAGAUAUAUUGCUGAGAUCUCGUCGUACGAUCACAAAACCGAAAUGCUAAACGCUGAAAUUGAGAGUGCCAAAAUCGAGCUUGACAAGUCGAAAAAGGAGGCUGAAAUUCUGCAGCAUGAAUCAGAGAAAUUGCAGAACGAGGUAAGUGUAUCCAAAUCAAUAGCGGCAAACUCAGAGGAGCGUAUACGGACGCUUGAGAAGGAUCUGGAAGUUUCUACAGCGAUGGCUUCGAAGAAUGUUACCGAGCUCGAAAACCUGCGCAAGUUGAACAAAGAGGCAGAGGCAACUAAAGCUUCCUUUGCUGAACGGAUUCAGGCCUUAGAAAAUGAGAUAAAACGUUUGAAGCAGAGCGAACUGGAGGUGGCUGCCGAGUGCGAUGUACUUCGCCAGUCAACUAAGGAUUCGGAACGUGUACACAAAAACGAUAUCGAGAAGCUUAUGUCUCAGCUAGUUCAGCUGCAAUCUGUUGCAGAAGGAAAGGAUGGUAAAUUUGAGGCUGAGUUAUCACAGGCACAAGAAAUUGCCAAGGUUGCUGUUGCCGAAAAGGAGUUACUUACCAGUCAGCUGCUUGAGAUGAAAGACAACAUGGUUCAGCUAAAGCUGAAACACAAAAAAGAAUUGGGUCAGGUUUCCGAUAACGGCUUGCAGCUUAAAAGGCUUGCAAUGGACUUGGAGGCCCGUACGGCCGAAGUGAAGAAAGAAAAGGCUUUGAACGAUGACUUACAAAGCCAGCGUUCAAUCGCUGCCGACCAGCUUCAGGACUUACGUGGAGUCGCUGCGACGAAUGAGGAAUUGCUCAAAAAGGCCCGUGCAUCCUUACUUGAAUCAAACGAGGAACUUAAGGAAGCUCGCGCAAACGCAUUAAAGUGGAAGAACUCCGCACAAGCGGCCAAAACACUUAUGAACGCCAAAAUUGCCGACUUUGAAAGUGCUAAUAAACAGCUCAAAAAAGCCCGUGCGGAUGCAUCUUCGGCCAGUACGGCUCGUUCGCAACUCUCACUAAGCCUACAAGCCAAAGAGAAGAAGCUGGCGAAGACGAAACAAGAGCUUGUUGCUGUUCGUAAAGAGCUCGCCGAGAUUUUAGCUGCAAUGGAUGCUGAACGCACGCAGUCAAAACAAGAGCACAUGGUGCAUGUUUUGAAGCUUCGUGAGCGUUCUGACAAUGAAUUAGCGCAACUAAGCAGUCAAGUACAUUCGCAUCGCGUAAUGCUUGCAGUUCUCCUUCCAGUUCUCGUAGCUGUGUCUGUCUACGCCUUCUCGCAUUAA